CACCCGCCUUCCAUUGCGCGUUGGACUGAGAGAGGCAGCAGGAGCGAGCGCUCGUUCUAAAGCCGCAGUUUGUUUACAUCCCUAGUGACGACAAGAUGCGUGGGAUAAUCAGUCUUCCCAUUCUGCUCGUGAUCGCAACUGCUCUCUGCUCCGUCAAUGCGGCGCCUCGACGUAUCAAAACGGGCAAAGAGACCUGGAGUUACGUUACCGUGAGAGAUGGCGCCUACAUGUUUUUCUGGCUGUACUACACGACGGCGGACGUCGAUUACAAGACCCGUCCCUUGGUCCUCUGGCUGCAGGGCGGACCGGGGGCGUCCUCGACGGGCAUCGGGAACUUCCUCGAGAUAGGUCCUCAGGAUGAGGCCAUGCAGAAUAGGACUAAUGCGUGGACGGAGCAGGUGAACGUGCUCUUCGUGGACAACCCCGUCGGCACCGGGUUCAGUUACGUGAACAACACGGCCCUCCUGGCCCGGAACAAUUCGGCCAUCGCCGAUGACCUGGUGUCCUUCAUGAAGGGUUUCCUCAAGAAGGUUCCAGAAUUCGAAACUGUUCCCCUCUAUAUAUUUGCCGAGUCUUAUGGAGGGAAAAUGGCCGUUCAGUUUGCACAGAGUCUGAAGAAGGCAGUCGAGGCCAAAAAGAUUACAUGUCAGUUGGCUGGAGUGGCUCUUGGGGACUCUUGGAUUUCACCUGUUGAUGCAGUCAAUUCAUGGGGACCUUUCCUGUAUGCCACGUCUUUGGUUGACUCGAUUGGUCUGUCAGCCAUUGCAGCCAAAUCCAAAGCUGUGUCUGAUGCUGUCAAAGCAGGAAAGAUGGAAAAUGCAACUAUGUUGUGGUCAGAAACUGAGGAGUUGGUAGAGAAGUUGACCAAUGGCGUAAACUUCUACAAUAUUCUAAAUCCACCUGAAGAUUCUUCCUCCUCAAGCCACGAAGUCAGCCAACUGCAGACUAGCACAGCAGAAGAACAUCCCAAUCACAUUUUGGGUGCAUUUGGGCCUUUUCCAACAACCCCAGAGCCUAUACCAACCCCUCAUCAUAAAUUUUCAUCUCCUCACAUAGAACACCUUUAUGAACGCCACGUGGGCAGUGUGUCUGCUAAUCUUGACAAGCUGAUGAAUGGUCCAGUUAAGGAUAAACUAAAGAUUAUUCCCAAGAAUGUAACAUGGGGUGGCCAGAGUGCAAGCGUUUUCGAUGCUUUGUCAGCUGACUUUAUGGCUACUGCUGUGCCAAAUGUUGAAUCUCUUCUCAACAACACAGCAGUAAAGAUUGUGGUUUAUAAUGGUCAGCUUGAUCUUAUUGUUGACACACCAGGUGUCGAAAAAUGGGUUGAAAACCUCAAGUGGGCUGGAACUCCACAAUGGCUAGAGUCCCCAAGGAAGCCAAUAGAAGCUCCAGAUGGUAGAACGGCAGCCUUCACAAAGUCAUACAAGAACUUCAGCUUUUACUGGAUCAUGGAUGCUGGACACAUGGUCCCAGCCGACAGCAGUGAAAUAGCCUUGAAGAUGAUGAAAGAAAUAGUUGGUGUGAAGUAGUUGGUGUGAAGGAGCAUUAAGUGCAGACUCCAUUAUGAAUGACAUGGUGCAGUCGGGGUAGAUUAAUCACUUUCAUUUUUAGUAUAGUUUGAUAUGUGGGACCUUUUUAUUUAUAUAUACUACAGAAUGCUGUUUUCUUGUGAGCUGUUCAUUUCCUUGAGUGGACCAGGUUCAUUUCUCCAGAAUAUUUUUUUGUCCUUUAUUUACCUUGAACUGUUUUGUUCUUUGUGGUAAGCACAAAUUAAAGUUUUCAAAGUGAUGACAGAUUUGUACAGUAUUCUUGCCAAAUAUCUCGGAUGAUAAACAGGUCCUCUCUAGAUAGGUUUAGAAUUUCUGAGAUAUAUAUUUAGUUAAAGUAUACAUAAAGCAUUUAGACUUGUGUAAGAGAUCUAUAGAGAUGAUCAUUUGUCUCUUUUACUACAAGUGGGCAGAUGAUUGAAAUCAUACUUCACUAUGAUGAGGCAAAAAGCUGUUUGAAUGCUGCAUUUGUUGCUGAAUGUUCAAGGGAGGAAUAAAAAGGUCACAGCUUUACACAAUAAUAGCUAUUGAUUUUUAACUGUACUAUUUCUAUUCUAAAUAACUAUGACUCAGCAAGGGAGACAAGGUAUCAAAGAAUACCACUGCGGCCAUUAGGCACCGUACUGUUAUUAGAUGCUUGCAGCAGCUAGUGUUUGCUGCUGCUGUUUGCAGUAAAACUAGUCCUUUUUUUAUCAUUUCACUUCAUUUUGGCAUAUAACUCAUAAUCUGCUAUUAACAUGUCAUUUGCGUUUUGCUAAGGUAUGUCACCAUACAAUAUCUAAUGUUUUGGAAACCACUGUUGACUCCUAGCAGACUGCAGUUAUUACAGAAUCUUCAUAAGAAAACUGGUGUUGGAAGGGUUGGCUGGCACAUCACAAAAUUGGGUUCCUCCUAUGAUUGCUGUCAUUGAAGUAUAAUUAGUUACUUAUGCAAAACUGCUUUUUAAAAUACUUAUGUUAUUAUUUUAACUAGAUAUGGAGAGCAGCAAGAGUAGCCACAAAGCUGUUCAUCUCCAGUCAAUUAAAGUUACAGGGUAAAUGGUAUAUGAAGAUAUACCCGAGACUAUUGGCUUUAAAUUCUUGUGAUAUGCUGUCGAAAGGUGUAGGCCGUUGACGUUAUCAUUUUGUUUCUUGUACGAUACAUUUUGCGUUACUGAUGGUUUAAGUCCUAGGAAGUAGCUUAGUAAUGGUUAGAAUGAGCAAUUUGUAGAUUUAGCUCAUCAUUAUCAUUUUAUUACCAUGCUGCCCUCUACAAAGCAUCUAAUAAUAGUAUUUAUGACUGUGAUUAUGCAGGAUUCAUAUAAAGUUACCAGAUUCCUUGAAAGUAUGCUGAAAAGCUGAUUAGUUUAGAUUUAAAAUGAAUUAAUGACAUAUGCAGUGUGUACAUGAUAUCAGUUGUCCUACCAAUACUUAUAGGAAUUAACAUCCUUGAGAUACGAGAAGAUGACCAGGCAUGAAAUGAGGUGUGAAGGGCAUUCUGAAGUUGUUCUAGCACAAAGUGUAACUGAAAAUUGAAGUUCAUAGACUUAGGCUGUUUCUAAAGUGCUUUAGCAAAUGAUAAUUUUUAUCAUGAAGGGAUUGUCAGAUACUGUGAUGGCUUUUAUGCAUAGUUCUUAAUUCAGUUUGGGAGUUUUAAACUGACAUGACCUUUAGAUACAGUGCUUUCAGGUUGUGUGGUAGGUAUUUGUAAUUGGAGGAACCUAGUAUUAAACUGGGUCACUUGUUUUACAUGUUAGAUACAUUACUGUAGUACUAAGGUAUUUUGUCAUUCAUGGUUGAAUGCAAUUCACCGGUAAGCAAGACUUGCCAUUUCUUUUAAGAGGAAAUCUAUGACUAAAUGUAAAUGACCUUGCAGAAAGAUUUAUUAGUAAGAAGAUGCUGUCAUAUUUUUGGAAGGAAGAUUAUAAAGAAUGAUUAUACUGUAA